GCUCCCCGCGUCCCGCUGAGCGAGGCCGCCUGCACCCCGCCGGGGCUGCCCGCAGGGCGGGGGGCUGCCCGCGCCCCCCUCGGCCUCCACACCCCCGCCACCCCCGCUCCGACCCUCGGGGGCUUUUAUUAUUUUAUUUCGUUUGGGUUUUUCUUUAUUUAGUUUUUAUUUUAUUUUAUUUUAUUUUUGUUUUAUUUAACCCUCCUGGAAAAACAAAACAAAACAAACAAAAACAAAAACAAAGCCGCCGCUGCCUGCACCGACCCCCGCGGGGCUGGAGAGGCUGAUGCGGCCGCCAAGGGAGAGGAUAGUGGUUAAAGCUCGAGCUGGAUGGAUGGGUAUGGGGAGAGGGGCAGGAUCCACAGCCCUGGGACUUUUCCAAAUCCUCCCUGUCUUUCUCUGCAUCUUCCCUUCAGUGACGUCUCCAUGCAAGAUCCUCAAGUGCAACUCUGAGUUCUGGGCGGCCACGUCGGGGUCCCACCACCUGGGCGCGGAGGAGGCGCCCGAGUUCUGCACGGCGCUGCGCGCGUACGCGCACUGCACCCGCCGCACCGCCCGCACCUGCAGGGGCGACCUGGCCUACCACUCUGCCGUGCAUGGCAUAGACGAUCUCAUGGUGCAGCACAACUGCUCCAAGGAUGGCCCCACGUCCCAGCCCCGCCUCCGGACAUUGCCCCCCGGGGACAGCCAGGAGCGCUCCGACAGCCCCGAAAUCUGCCACUACGAGAAGAGCUUUCACAGGCACUCGGCCACCCCCAACUACACCCACUGCGGGCUCUUCGGGGACCCCCACCUCAGGACUUUCACGGACACUUUCCAGACCUGCAAGGUGCAAGGGGCUUGGCCGCUCAUAGACAAUAACUACCUGAACGUCCAGGUCACCAACACGCCGGUGCUGCCCGGCUCCUCGGCCACCGCCACCAGCAAGCUCACCAUCAUCUUCAAGAGCUUCCAGGAGUGCGUGGAUCAGAAAGUGUACCAGGCAGAGAUGGACGAGCUCCCCGCUGCCUUCGCCGACGGCUCCAAGAACGGUGGGGACAAGCACGGAGCCAACAGCCUGAAGAUCACCGAGAAGGUGUCGGGCCAACACAUCGAGAUCCAGGCCAAGUACAUCGGCACCACCAUCGUGGUGAGGCAGGUGGGGCGGUACCUCACCUUUGCCGUGCGCAUGCCGGAGGAGGUGGUGAACGCCGUGGAGGACCGGGACAGCCAGGGCCUCUACCUGUGCCUCCGUGGUUGUCCACUCAACCAGCAGAUUGACUUCCAGACCAUCCGCUCGGCUCAGGCCACGGAGGGUCGUGCUCGCAGGAAGGGGCCCAGCCUGCCGGCCCCCCCCGAGGCCUUCACCUACGAAACGGCCACGGCCAAGUGCAGGGAAAAGCUGCCCGUGGAGGAUCUCUACUUCCAGUCCUGCGUCUUCGACCUCCUCACCACGGGGGACGUCAACUUCAUGCUGGCUGCUUACUAUGCCUUUGAGGAUGUGAAGAUGCUUCACUCCAACAAAGACAAGCUGCACCUCUAUGAAAGGACACGGGAGCUGGCCCCGGGCAACAUGGCUCCCACAGGAACACAUCCUACCCUCUGGGUAGCACUGCUGUGUUUGAGUUGGUUGUGCUUGUUAUAGAGGUUUGCUCCAUCACACCAUGGAGAACAGGCAAAGGGGAGCAGGAGGGAACCAGGGAUGAGAUGGAGGUGCUGGAAACCGCACGGGUUGUCCUCAGACCUCAGUCUCUCUCUUGGCCGCAAGUCCUCCACCUUCCCAGCUCUUGCCUGGGAGGAACAUGCUGCCAAUGGGACCGGUCAGGAGUUUUUGAUGGACUGUACCUUGUCUGGACCUUCCUGACCUCUCCCCUCCUCCUACUCCCAGUAGAGUGGGUACUGAGGAACCCUUGUAGCUCCUCUCCUCGUAGCGCUCCCCCAGGUCCCAAAAAUGCACGUGGUGACUGUGACACUGACGUGCACGGACGUGGCUUUGUCUUCGGAGGCCAGAGCCCGUGAGGAGGGCACAGAGCAGCACAGCAGGGCUGGACAUCCUAAUCGCCAUGGCUGGGCUCUGCUUUUUGGGCAUGUCCUGCCCACAGCCCUGUUGUUGCAGAAGGUGAUGCAGAGGGCCAAAGUGGUGGGGGAUGAUCCCACGCUUGCUUGGCUGCUAGUGCCAGGCAUCUUCUGAGUGGAAGGAGGAUGUGUUCCUCAAGCCUUGGCCUGCGUUUGCUGUGGUACAAAGGGCAUCUUCCGUUCCAGCCAGUUCAUCCGGCUGAUUCACUCAGUAGUUUCAUUCCUGUCUCCCUUGUCUCUGCCCGGACCCACCGUGGACUCUUGAUAGCAGUGGGAGAAACCUGGCCAGUAUUCAAGUGGUUCCUGCAACUUCUGCCCAGCGUUGGAUGAGUUUCUCACAGCAUUUGCUCUCUGGUCCCCUAAAACUGGCAGCGGGGCAGCUGCUCAGUGGGAGACCCAAUCCACACAUCCCUCCAGCCCCUCACCAGCUCGGUCUGGCCCUGGGGUGGAGCAGGAGUGUGGCACUCCUUUUUUGCUGCUAGGUCUCUGCUCUGCUCCCCAUCCUGGGGCCACGGCUUGCAACCCCAUUGCAGACCAGUUGCACCUUAAGCCGUUCUGGGCUUGAAUCAGAAAUGGGGCAAUGUUAGAAAUCCAGCCAGGAGAUGGGAUGCAGCAGAGGACCCCCCCCAGCUGCCUCCAAAUGUCUGUUCCCUGUCUCGAAACCAUCAAUAGUCUCCUUCCCCACCACGUAAUGCUGCCCAUCUCCUCCUCUCCAUGUUCCUCUGUGGUUCACCCCAUUGCUCACUGAACAAAUCAAGACUACCUUUGGUCUGCGCCUUUGAGACCUCCUGAUGGGUUUCCCCUCCUUUCCUCAGGGGGAAGUUCCCAGAAACAAGCCCCAAAACGUGUCACACUUGGGGGCACCUCUUUGCUCUCAUGGGAGGUCUCUGGGCAUGAUGAGACAAGCUAUAGCACCAAAAGAGGUGGGAACAGGCUAGGUUUGGCUGGUGCCAAGAGGCAGCCUGGUGUAAAUACUCAGCGUGACUAUUCAUUGUGUCCUAACAGCUCUAGAGCUCCAUUUGUAAAGCAGCAGAGAAAUGCAAACUUGUGUCAAUGGAUGUAAUUUAUAUUGUCUCUUUAAUAUAUAGAGCCCUGGCAUUGAUCUCGUGUGACUGUACAGAUGAAGAGAUGUAAUUGGUUUUUAAAUGUUUAAGGAAAGAAAAGAAACAAAAAGAUGUGUUUACUACUUUGCUCCUUGCUUUGUUUGCUGGUGCCCCAGAUACUCUGUUUAGGGAAAUUUUGAAAUAAGGAUAUCACAGUUUGGAGACUCUGAGGGGAGCAGCCACUGGACCAUGGCACAGGACAGUUUAAUUCCCCAAUGCACUAAUUGUUCAGCCAGGCUGAUUUGGACUUUUUAUUUCCUUUGUUCAAGGAAAAAAAAAAAGUUUUUAUCUUCCCUAGAAAUUCAAAACUCAAGUUUUAAAAGCCAAAAUUUGGGUCAGAGGAAACAUUAGUUUCUUGCAGUGUUGCCCCAUAUCUAACUGCAGCUGUGCGCAGCAUCCCUCUGAAGUCACGGUGCUGCUUGAAAGCUGCCUGAGCUGGCCCAGCCUCAGUGUGCCAACAGGUCAGUAAUUCCCUUAAGACCUCCCUUUCCUGUAAAACAAUCACCCCAUGGCACAACGUGCUGUGGUUUAGGGAUGGUUUCCACCCAAGGAAAGUCUGGUUAUGGCGUGGCUCAGUCCCUCUGUCUAGGUGGGCGCUCCAGUGGUGGCCACUGGCAUACGGUGGUUGGGGUAUCCCUAUUUUAGAAGCAAACAGUGAAGCACUUUAUUUUGGUUGUGUUUGACCCAGUCCUGGUUAAAGGUGAAGUGUGGCCAAGAAGGACCCGAUACUUGGAAACAAAAGAAAAAAAAAUACAUAGGCAAAGGGGGGGCAUUAUGAGAAGGCCCCCCCCACCUCCUCCCUGCGCUGAGACCCUCGGGAGUGUCACCAUAUGUACAUACUGUAAAUUAUUUAUUGAGAGAAACGCAAGUAAAGUUUGAGGUUUUUUGACAAUAAA